AUGGGUGGCCUGUGGACAAACGUUUUUAAUUUCGUGACGGCCCAAUGGUCUCUCGUUUCACCAGACUGGGGCAGAACUUCCCGCCAAGACCGGUUGCACGUCCACGAGCCGAGCUGGCACCGCUAUGUCCGGGCCAGCGAGUCCAGGACAAUCCGGCCCGUUGGCAUCGUACCUCAUCUCACCCGCGGCGCCGUCACGAACCCUUGGGGCUUUAUCAAUGGAGAGGGAGGACCCGCGAUAUUCGACCGUGCGGAGCAGGCGGACGAAGCUCCCUCUGUCACGGUCGAUUUCGGCCAGAACACCGUUGGCAUCCUGUCGAUUUCAUUCGCCGGGUCGUCGUCGGCCUCUUCAACUUUGCCGGGCGAGAACGGGAAAAAUUCUAAAGACGAUGGCUAUGGCAGACCGGGCAUACGACUCGCCUUCUCCGAGACGCUACGGUUCCUGAGCAACGUCAGCGACUUCUCGCGCUCCUAUAACGGAGACACCAUCACCCCCGGCAGCGACCAGAUCGCAGUCCCCAAAGACCCUUACGUCUGGAUGGCGAAGCACGGAUGCCAGCACCGCGACGCCGCCGACGGGAAGGGCCAGGUCUGUGCGGACGGCCUGCACGGCUUCCGCUACCUGCGUAUCUACCUCGACGCCCUACCCGCCGACUCGCCGCACGCCGUCCCCUACGGCCGCGUCGAGAUCUCCAACCUCUCUCUAGCCCUUUCGGCAUUUCACGGCACGCCCGACACCUUCAAGGGGUGGUUCGAAUGCAGCGACGAGGAGCUGACGGGCUGGUGGUUCGACGGGGUGUACACCAACGACCUCUGCGUAGACACUUUUCGCGGCAGCGAGGACGCCGAGCCGCGGGGGGCGGGGAGCGAGACGCUAGAGGGGAAGGUCGUCAUCCACGACGCGCCUAAGAGGGACCGGGACCCGUAUGUCGGAGACCUGGCGGUGGCGGCGCUGACGGGAUACGUAUCGCACGGGAAGGGAACGGUGAGCGAGGCCAGCAGGAACGUGUUGGCGGAUCUGGCGGCGCAUCAGAGGGGCGACGGCUGGAUUCCACCGGCGAGCAUAAGCAUGAACUACACGCUCCCCCUGUUCGACUAUCCCCUUUGGUGGGUCGUUUGCAGCCACGACUACGUCUGGUAUACGGGCGAUCUGGACUUCCUCUCGGCUCACUACACUAACCUCGUCGCCGUGCUGGACCGCUGGUAUCCCUCCGUCACUGAUUCGGCGACUGGACUCGUGACCAAAGGCCUGAACGGGACGGCCGGGUACGGCGAUUAUGCAUUCGUACCACGGCAGGGCCCGGUGACGUACUAUAACGCGCUGUACGUGCUCGCGCUGCGGCGGGCGGCGGAGAUGGCGGUCGAGGCCGGCAGGGAUGUGGAUGCGGAGCGGUGGCGGCGGCGGGCGGGCGAGGUCUCGAGGGCCCUGGCGGAGAGGAACUUCGACGAAGCGGUCGGCGCGUUCUGGGACGGCACGAGGGACGGGGUCUUCGUGGACGCGCACGCGCAGGACGGGAACAGCAUCGCGAUCCUCGCUGACGUGGUGGGCGGAGCGAGGGCAAGGGGGGUCCUAGGGUACUACGCGCGAGCGGCGGCGCGGCCGUACGGGAACGCGUUCUACGACUCGGACGCCGUGGGGGAGGGGUUCGGCGAGCGGGUGUACGCGUUCGUGUCCUACUUUGAGCUGGCGGCGCGGUUCAAGUCCAGGGCCGGGCGUAGCGCCGUCGAGGAGAUGAGGAGGCUGUACGGGUGGAUGUCGCGCGGGGACCCGGGGGUGACGUUCUGGGAGGGGAUCGGCCCGGGCGGGAGGCCGUACGAGGACAGGUACACGAGCAUGGCGCACGGGUGGGCGACGGGGCUGGUGCCGCUGAUGAGCGGGUGGGUCCUGGGCGUGAAGCCGACGGGGCCCGGGUUCCGGUCGUGGAGCGUGACGCCGGACCUGGCGGGGUUGAGGUGGGCCCGUGGGGUCGUGCCGACGCCUGGGGGUGAAGGGAUCGAGGUCGAGUGGGAGGACCGGGGGGGCGGGGACGUCAGGAUCCGGGUGAGGGCGCCGGAUGGUUCGAGCGGGGUUGUCGGCAUCCCGGUGAGAGACAAGCGGGCCGUCGUUGAGGUCGAUGGGAGGGUCGUAUAUGCUGGGUGGCACGGAGCGGCCGGGGACGGGGCCGGGGACGGGGCCGGGGCGAGGUUGGAGGGGGAGAUGGUAUUCGUUGAUGUUGAAGGGAAACGGGCGGGCUCCGAGAUCAUGGCUUCGGUGAGGGGGUUGCCUGACACUCUGUGA